UGCAGCCAAUCGGCUGUAAGCGCAAUGCGGGCCUCCAAGCCUCCCUCUCGUUGGGGGCGGGAGGAAGGGGGUGGGGCGUGCCUCCACGAUAGGCUGCAGAAGCGUGAUUGGCGCGGGAGGCGUCCAACGGGCUCGGGCGGGUCAGAGUACCUGCGCGGGACCAAGCGGGAACCGCCGCGCGGCGGCUGGUGGAAGCGCGGGGCGGCGGCCGACAUGUUCCAGGGCGCGGACGGCCAAGCUGCAGAGGCGGGCUCCAGAUCCAUGAAGCCCCUGGGAGGAGAAUCGAGCGAUCAUUUUGGAAGUCCAGAAGAAGGUAUUCCUUCGAGCAAGCCUAAUAGGAUGGCAUCUAAUAUUUUUGGACCAACUGAAGAACCUAAAAACAUACCCAAGAGAACAAAUCCUCCAGGAGGCAAAGGAAGUGGGAUCUUUGAUGAAUCGACUCCUGUGCAAACUCGACAACGUUUGAAUCCGCCCGGUGGGAAGACCAGUAACAUAUUUGGGUCCCCAGUCACUGCCACUGCACCUCUGGCACACCCAAACAAGCCCAAGGAUCAUGUUUUGCUGUGUGAAGGUGAAGACUCUAAAUCUGACCUGAAAGCUACAUCAAAUUCCACACCCAGAGGAGAGCAGGGCGAGAAAGGAAGCUCAAAAGAAGUAGAACAUGCCAAGAUACCGGAGCCAGCACCUACGGUUGACAGUCAUGAGCCCAGACUGGGGCCGCGACCUCGUUCCCACAACAAAGUCCUGAACCCACCAGGAGGCAAAUCCAGCAUCUCCUUCUAUUGAGAGCUCCUGUUCUGCCUGUAUCUAGAUCAGACAGAGAUAGAGUAUUGAAUGUUAGUGUUUGAGUUGGGGUGGGAGGGGUUGGCUGCUCAUAGGCCUUGUCAUUGGAAGAGCUGCGCAGAGGACUGUGCCUUCUAGACUGCCAAGUCAUACAUUGUGGGGACAAACUGGGGUGCUCUGGUUCUUCCUCUGUAAUUGCUCUCUGAGAAACAUCUGUAAAGUUGUGAGGAAGGCAGAAGAGCUGGGGCUCGUUAACAGAAGGAUCGCCAGAGUCUUUCUCAUCCUUGUGUCAGCAGUCUGCUGGCAGAUGGGCAUCUAAGGAUGCUGUGGUUGAAAAAGAACCCACACUACCCUCACGGUGGGAUGGAGGAGACAUACAAACAGAAACUCUUAAAGACAAAAUGGAGUCUACAUUAAGCCUUUCAGGAAAUAAAUGCCUACCACUAAAUGCUCCCCCUCUGAGAUACCUCAGAACCCUAACGUCCCCCACCCCCAUUAUUUCAUUCUGUAGUAUUGAAACAUGAUUGCUCUUUUUGGUAGCAGUCAACAGGAAAGCAAGCCGUUAUUCUCAGUCCUGUCCUGGGUGGAAGGGUUUUUUUAAUACACCGAUCUUCUGAGUUGUCCCACACCUGCACCUAAAACUGUGGCCAGGUCUGAGGUAGCGUCCUGUCUUCCUCUACAGUUGGCUUGGUUCCUGACAUGCCAGGUUUGCAUGAGGAUUGUUCCUUUUGUUUGUCUCAUCAGCCUUAAGCAUAGGCCUUAGUUCCGCACCUGUGAGGGAGUUCUCCCUGUUCAUGGUUCUUCCUAUACAUAAGGUCUCUGGCCUCUGUAGGGCCAUCUAUGUCCAGGUAUAUUUCUGGGUGGAUCCCUGUUCUCCUGUCUUGCUUUGUUCUUGUAGUUGGGAGAAGAGCCUGCUGAAGGACAUUAGGUUGGCUUCUUUACCAAUGUAUGGAAAGGUGUAGUUAGUGUCAGCUUCUUCAAAAUACCUGUGCGUUGCUUCAACACUUAAAAAAGUGCUAGUCAGUACACCAAAGUGCAAAGAGCUGCCUGAGCUGCCUCUAUAAAACUUUAGACUUCUUGACCUUGCUCAUAAACAGUGCUCCUUAGGCCAGGAUACUGUGUUUUGGCAGUAAGGUCACAACUGUCAUUUGACAGCAGAGGUACUAGGCUCCAGUCAUGUCACUUCAUCUCUCACCAGAUGUCCCUCCUGUUCAGCCCUUGAGGUGUCCCUUUUCCCCUCUGGUGUGCAUCUGUGAAAAGGGCUUCUAAGUGGUGCUACUCUUCUUCUAGUGCCUAGAGAGAGCUUCAUAGCAGGUGUCAGAAAUGCCCUCAGUACAUUUUGGAAAAGUUGCAAUCCUGCACUCACACACCGACUUACAAGUGUCUGCAGAAGCUACCUGCCAAGCUCUGCAUCCUACUAGGUCUGUUGAGGGGUCUGACGGUGGCUUUGUCGACCAAAGAGUUUCCCUCUUAAGCUGCCCGUAGCCUGAACCUAAGUAACAUGUCUUAUAUGUUUGUAAUUCUGUAACAACUCAAAUGGUUUGUGGUUCAGUCAUCAUGAGGAUGUCUUUUAGAAUUCAGAGAAUUUUUUUCCAUUUAAGAAAAUGUCAUAAAUGAAGUUUGCUUUAUUUAGCCCAGACACUAACUUUAGCUUAUAAGGAAAUAAUACAAUGAUAGAAAUAAGUCUUUAAUAACUGCUCUCUUUUUUUUGUUUGUUUGUUUUGUUGUUGUUGUUGUUGUUGUUUGUUUUCGAGACAGGGUUUUUCUGUGUAGCCCUGGCUGUCCUGGAACUCACUCUGUAGUCCAGGCUGGCCUUGAACUCAGAAAUCUGCCUGCCUCUGCCUCCCAAAUGCUGGGAUUAAAGGCGUGUGCUACCACUGCCCGGCUUAUAACUGUUCUCUUAAGUAGAAAAUGAUUUGUGAGUUCCAAAUUGGAUUGUGAAGAGGAAUCUAACAUCACUACUAUGCUGAUUUCUGCUGUUAGCCCAGUAAGAGAAAAGCUUGAAGCUCCACCUGCUGGCCUGGAUGGCUGGGAGGAUAUGGGGACCUGCGACAGUGACCUACAGCAGCAGCUGCCUUAUUCAUCUCCCCGUCCUUCUAUCUCUUCCGCUGCAGCUGGGCUCAGAGUGUAAAUCUGCAAAUUAGUGCCCAGCUAAAUCCAGUGCUAUACAAUUGUCACCUACAUUAAGCCUUAAAACUUUUUUUAAGUGUAUUUGGUGCCAACAUUUUCCUAUUGCUGUAUCAGAGCAAAAAAACUUGUCCUUACAUCAUAGUACAAUUUGGAUAGGAACAUUUUGUUAUUUUUUUAUAAGGCAGAACUGGGUAUAAUGGUUGAAUUAAACUUAGUAACCAUA